AUGGCGGACACAGCAACACAAAACGUACCUAGUACGCCUAAGAAAAAUACUGAUGUGGAAUCUACGAAGGAUUCUGCACAGAAUACUGCCAACUCGAAAGUUUCAGAUGCCAAAACACAGGCUCCGGAUGCUGAUCCAACAGAGAAUGGGACUCAAAACAAUGAGUUCGACGAGCAGACCGACUCAGGUGUUGACGGACUAGCUUCCAGCAACGGUGAAGCGGAGAAAGAAGAAGGGGAUGACGAGGCGAAAGAAGAAGCCGACGAUGAGGCGAGUGAGGUGCUGCCAGCGGGCAGCGUCAACAGCAAAGGAGAAAUAAUUUCCGAAGCUGGUGAGGUGAUUGGCCGCAUCAGCGGUGAGAAUGCCUCGCAGCUCGAAGGCAGCAUGGUAGACCGGGAAGGGGAUGUACUAGAUGAAGAAGGCAACAUUUUAGGACAUGCUGAUCUGGAUGCCGAAUCUCUCCAGCAACUGGAUCCUAAGCCAACUUCGGAAGCAGGUGAUGCGCUCAAGUCUCAAGAUGGAGAGACUGAGAAGCCAGACGCCUCAACCGGUGAGCCGGAUGCCGAGGAGGGUACCGAGAAGGCUGAUACAGAUAAUGUUGAGGGUGGUGAUCUUGCUGAAGAAGCGAAACAGGAUCUUGAAGGCACGGAGAAGCCCGACGUCGAAGGAGCGGACAAGCCUGAUGUCGACGACGUCAAAGAUGGAGAGUCAGUCAAUCCUGAUGUUGAGGGUGUUGAGAAGCCAGACAUUGAAGGCUCUGACAAGCCCGGUGUUGAAGGAGCGGACAAACCCGACGUUGAUGGCGUAGAGAAGCCUGAUGUUGAGGGUGCAGAGAAGCCCGAUGUUGAGGGUGCGGAAAAGCCCGAUGUCGAAGGAGUCGACGCAAGCGAAAAGCCAGAUGGAGCUGACGUUGAUGCACCUGGUGCAGAGGACGUCAAGAAGCCCGAGCUUUCAGGUCCAUUUGGUGUCCAAGACAACGGCGAUAUCACCGAUGCCACAGGUGUGGUUAUUGGCAAAUUGGCUGAUGGCACUCCACAGGAUCUUGUAGGAACUUCAAUCAAGGAUAUUGAUGGAGAAGGAAACCUACUUGCCGAGAACGGAAGUAUUCUUGGAAAGGCAGACCUUAAAUCUGAGCUUCUCGACAAGAAGGACGAGGCAGAGGCUGCUAAGCCAGAACUUGUCGGUCCAUUCGACGUCGAGGAGAGUGGUGAAAUCAAAAACGCUGAAGGCCAGGUUGUUGCCAAUCUUCCUGAAGGACAAGACCUGGAAGGGAAAUCUAUCAAGGACAUCGACUCAGAGGGUAACCUCAAGGAUGAGAAGGGCUCAAUCAUUGCCAAGGCUGAGCUCCUCCCAGAGCUGCUCGAGAAGUCUGAAUCCCAGGCAGAGGGUGCUGAUGCCCCAGAAGGCGCCGAGGCUGAGGGUGCUGAGGGUGCUGAGGCUGACGGUGAGACUCCCGAGGGAGAAGCUCCAGAUCUUUCAAUCCUCAAGGGAAUGAAGGUCAACAAAGUCGGCAGAAUCGUGGAUGAGGAUGGAAACCCACAUGGUGUUUUGGUCGAAGGCGAUGCUAAGAAGUUGGCCGGACGCAAGGUCGACGGCGAAGGCAAGAUUUGGGAUGAUUCCGGAAAGGUCAUCGGCCGAGCAGAACUUCUUCCCGAGGACGAGAGACAAGCCGAGAAGAGCGGUCCGUUUGAAGAUUUCCCAGAUAGCGUCCUUGAUGGUAAGGGAAAUGUCAUGUUCGAGAACAAGAUCGUGGGUAAACUCGUUGAGGGUGAUGCCAAGGCUUUGGAGGGCAAGAAGGUUGAUGCUGAUGGUGAUGUUCUUGAUAAGAACGGCAACACUCUUGGUCGCGCUGAGCGAUAUCAGGAGGAGGAGGAAGCUCCCCCAGAGGAGGAACAACCAGAAGACUUGUCGGCUCUUGACGGCAAGAAGGUCAACAAGGCCGGCAACGUUGUUGAUGAUAACGGAAAACUUUUCGGUCGCGUUAACUCUGGCGUUCUCUCUAAGCUUGUUGGAAAGAAGUGCGACGCUGAGGGUAAGAUAUGGUCAGAGUCUGGCAAAGUUAUUGGAACUGCCGAGCUCAUUCCUAUGGAUGACAGAGAUGAAGUCUCCGAGUCUCCAUUCGAGGACUUCCCAGGAGCGACAGUUGACUCCAAAGGAAAUGUCAUCUUUGAAGAGAAGAUCGUUGGCAGACUCAUCGAAGGUGAUGCCAAAAAGCUUUCAGGCAAAAAGGUCGACCAGGAUGGCGAGAUCGUCGAUCGUGUCGGCAAUGUCCUUGGAAAGGCGGAGAGAUGGGAGCCAGAGGAGCCCGAAGAAGAGGAGCCUGUCAAGGUUGACAACUCGGCCCUUGCUGGCAAGCGAGUGAACAAGUCCGGAAACGUCGUGGACUCCAAUGGUCAAAUCUACGGACGUCUGGUAGAGGGUGACGCCAACAAACUUGCUGGUAAAAUGUGUGACAAGGACGGAAACGUGUGGAACGAGGGCGGAACCAUUGUCGGUCGCGCCGAGCUCGUACCUGAGAGCGAGAGAGAGGGUGAAAAGGAGGGCCCAUUCUCUGGCUUUGACAGCCCAACGGUCACUAAAGAUGGCAAGGUUGCCGAUUCUAAAGGUACCGUAAUUGGACGCCUCAUCGAAGGAGAAGCCGCAAAGCUUUACGGCAAGCUCGUCGAUGCGGAUGGUGAUGUACUAGACAAGAACGGCAACACUCUUGGUCGUGCUGAGAGAUGGGAAGAGGAGGUGAAAGAGAAGAAGAAGAACCCUGUUGCAGGUCGCAAGAUCAACCGCGACGGUAACGUCUUGGACGACGAUGGAGAUGUGAUCGGUCGUCUCACCGAUGGCGAGAUCGGCAAAUGUGUUGGGAAGGAAAUUGACGACGAUGGUGACAUUACCAACUCCAAGGGACAGACCCUUGGUCACGUCAGUCUGCUCGAGGACAUUCCAGAACCAGAAGCAGAGCCAGAGCCUGAGGUUGAGGAGGAGGCAGAGCCCGAGCCCGAGCCUGAAGACCCUGAAGAGGUUGAAAGAAAGAAGCAGCUUGAGCAAGACCGAAAGCUUGCCAACCAAAUGGCUGGAUGUGUACAAGGUUCCCUCGACAAGAUCAAGCCCAUCUUAAAGAUGAUUUCAGAAAAUAUCGAGGCUGAGGAACGAAAGCCAGAGGGGGAGCGCGACGAGCAGAAGCUCGUUGACAACGUCAAGCCAUUGAUCGAGGAAGGUGGUCAAAUUCUCCAAGAAGCCAACGGUGUCAUCCGAGGCUUGGAUCCUGAUGGAAGAAUUGCUGCAAACGCGAAGGCCAAGACUGCAUCUCGCGAAGCUACACCAGAAGAGUACCACCUCGCUGAUGUACUCAAGGACUUGACUGAGAAUGUCACAACAACAAUUGACAAAGCCAAGAAGAAGAUCAAUGGCAUGCCACACGCAAAGAAACAGUUGAACCCUCUAUGGGGUCUUUUGGCAGAACCUCUUGGUCAGAUUCUUGCUGCUGUCGGCCUGUUGUUAAGCGGUGUCCUCGGCCUCGUGGGCAAAUUGCUGAGUGGUCUGGGUCUUGGUGGACUGUUGGAUGGCCUUCUAGGUGGGCUUGGCCUCAAAGGCAUCCUCAAUGGUCUAGGUCUUGGUUCCGUCACCGGAGCUUUGACUGGUAAGAAGUAA